AUGGUGGGGCCCGCGCAACUAGUGAAGACGGGCCGUCCAAGUAUCCGAGAAGAGGACAAUGGUAAUGUUUCGGAUGAUGAAGAUGUCGUUGAUGAGGACGAUCUGGAAGACGACGAGCAAUUAUUCGUUCCACAACCACCAACUCCAGAUCUGCUGAAGAGUACGAGGAGAGGUCGAGGCGAUGAACGUCCUACCAGCUAUCAGAAUUCUCCAGAAGAUCCGAAGCGGCGUUUCGAGAAGAGCGAUCGUCGUGAGAAGCGACGGAGCUACACGACAAGCAUUCUGAUAUCGCCGCAUGCUGAGAGGCCGAUGCCUAUCACCAGACAAAAAUCACUUGGCGAAAAUACUGCAUUUGGUCUUACAGAUGAUGACAUCACCGUUAAUAUUUCAAAGGGUCAACUAUUAAUCGAUAACAACAAAGGUGGUAAACUUGUUCAACGACGGAAAUCAUACAAAGGUGUUCCUUGCCUUGAUCUUAAUUAA